AUGGGCUCUAACGAGGAGAAACUGAACAGUUUUCAAGAAGGAUUCCCUGCUACCUUUGGAGGCUUUUUCAAGGUUGCUGGAGGCCAAACCAAGAAGGUGUCGUCCUUCUUGGUGAACUCUCCUCCUGAUAUUACUCCAAAUACCCGCAUCCUUGCUGUUUGUGGCGUCAGUGACGAUUCGGACAAAGCUGCAAGCCCGGAGCAUGACGGAUGGUUUUAUUCAGACUUUUUUGCCUUCCACACUUUGCUACAUGGUCAAGGAGCUGCGCAAAAAUGGUGUUGUAGUGAUGAGCCAGCUCUAUUACUCCAGAAAUACGGCCAGUACUUUCACGGGAACCCAUACAUGGAGCGGCGGGUAGUCCUGAAUGAAUCGUUGAUACAGACAGAGCUUCAUGACGUUUGUAUCUCCUCUGCGUCUAAUCUUCUUCAAAACUUUCUGGAGCUCCUCCAUGAAGAAGCUACCCACGCCGUCCAGCAGAAAGCUCCGCUAAUUCUUUUCCUUUUUGGCCAUGGCGCGGAGAUAACUAAAUCAGUUGAGAUUGGUGUGGCUGGUAACGAGCUCAGCAUACCCACGGUUGCCAGUGUCGUCGGCGACAAAGUUGACCUCACGAUCAUAUCAACCGCCUGCUACUCUGGAGGAUGGGCUGUAACCUCACCCCUUAAUGCGACAGUACUUUCGGCUGCUGGGGCAGAAGAUGAGAGUGAGUCUUGGCCAAAAAGCUCAUCUCUGUCAAGAGCAUGUGGAAGUGUAUAUGCUUCCACCUUGAUCAAGUCCCUUGCAGAUACAUCAAACAAUGAACUACUACAACCACAGCCAGAACUUCGCCCAUCUUCCUCUUUAUCAGGCCAAGAUGCACCAUCUACUUCAACUGAUCAGGGAUUAAUAACAUUUUCCGAAUUUGGUCGGACUGUCCACGCAUUACUCCUCAGUAGAGUGGAUCGGCUCGGUUACCUUCACAAUUUAUCGUUUAGCGCUCGUGAUGACGAUUGGGAGAGCUACUGGAGAAAGAGAACCGGAGUUCCCCUCGCAGACUUAAAGGCAAAGUGGGAGAGACUUGACAUAGUUCAGCCACAAACUUCAUCAUCACUUAACAGAGACCAAGACGCUGAGGUUCAUGUGCAACCGGACAACAUCUCGUUAUACAGUCUGAGAGGCCAAUAUGGAUCAAUUACCUCUUACAUAGGACAACUCUGCCGACUUGCAAUCAGCUACCUAGCAAGUUAUCCGGGUCGUGACUCGCUUGCUCCAAACUCAUUCUUCCAUCAAAACUGUCGAGACCUCAUUUCAAGAAGAAAGAAAUUUAAUCUCUCUACACUUGAAGUUAUUGAGUCAACAUUACGGUACCGAAUGUCCUUAAACUUUCUAGCAAAUCAGCUUGUGUCUGGCUCUCGGAUUCCUCUUCCACAUAGGAAGCUUUGUGAAGAAUGGGACCCAAUUCAGAAGGCCAAUUACGAGCUCAAUGGAUGUAACAGCCUCAACGAACGACUUUACCCCCUGUUUCCGCCACCACUCCCUAACCAAGGCCGAGGCUGGAACAAGCCCCGCUGGUACAUUGUCUGUGCUUUGAUGGAAGCAAAUCUCUCACCGACGGAACUUAAUCUUCGAGUAGAAUCUCUGCUACAUGCUUCACGAGUCAUCGAGCAAAGUCAAGAGAUGAUUCUACAGAAGAACCCAAUGAUCCAGUCGAAGCGAGGCCGCCUGCUCAAGUCCUGA